AUGAUAGCAUCAAAGGACUGGAUAGUUGGCAAUGACCUUUGCCUUCUUCCGAACGAGCUGGUCGAUAUACACCUGCAGAAGUGCGACCAACCGAAUGACAAUUUGUCACUCAUGAAAUGUAAAGUGAUUCACGAAUUAGAUUCUCUGCAGUCGGCAAAAAAUCUGUUAGUUGCCCUACAGAUACUGGAAUGUCAACGGAAAAACACCUCAACGGAUGAAAACACUUUGCCACUUAACACUGAGAAGCCAAAAAGAGGUGUAAUGAAGCGUAAAGAAGAUUUUCUUUACAAUUCAGUCGACAUGGAUGUGGCUGAGAUGCAGGCUGGGAAUAACCGCGUACAAUAUCCCAAAUUCCGUGUUUUCGACAAAUUGAUAUCGCCAAUCGCCAAUUCGACACAAUUAGAGACAUCACCAUCCACAUCGGAAUGUAAGCAUUUUGGUGGCGCUGUAGUGGACCAGUUGUAUACUGUGGUGCUGAAAAUGUCGUCAGCUAUCAAUGACUUGACGAAAACGAUUAACAACAUAUCGUCCGCCAUUAUAGACUUGAAUGCUAAUGUAAACCAAUUGCUUUCAAAGUUUAAUGAGCGCGAAAGACCGCAUGAAUUCGAUUGCGGACUGUCGAGUCAGCAGUUCCCUUUGUCAUCUGAAGAGGAACUACAGAUGCUAGAUACUGGUUUGUCGCAGAAAGAAACCAGGGACAGAUUUAUGGCAAUGGUCACUAGUCACGAUAAUUAUCAUCAUCAUCAUCAUCAUCAUCAUCAUCAUCAUCAUCAUCAUCAUCAUCAUCAUCAUCAUCAUCAUCAUCAUCAUCAUCAUCAUCAUCAUCAUCAUCAUCAUCAUCAUCAUCAUCAUCAUCAUCAUCAUCAUCAUCAUCAUCAUCAUCAUCAUCAUCAUCAUCAUCAUCAUCAUCAUCAUCAUCAUCAUCAUCAUCAUCAUCAUCAUCAUCAUCAUCAUCAUCAUCAUCAUCAUCAUCAUCAUCAUCAUCAUCAUCAUCAUCAUCAUCAUCAUCAUCAUCAUCAUCAUCAUCAUCAUCAUCAUCAUCAUCAUCAUCAUCAUCAUCAUCAUCAUCAUCAUCAUCAUCAUCAUCAUCAUCAUCAUCAUCAUCAUCAUCAUCAUCAUCAUCAUCAUCAUCAUCAUCAUCAUCAUCAUCAUCAUCAUCAUCAUCAUCAUCAUCAUCAUCAUCAUCAUCAUCAUCAUCAUCAUCAUCAUCAUCAUCAUCAUCAUCAUCAUCAUCAUCAUCAUCAUCAUCAUCAUCAUCAUCAUCAUCAUCAUCAUCAUCAUCAUCAUCAUCAUCAUCAUCAUCAUCAUCAUCAUCAUCAUCAUCAUCAUCAUCAUCAUCAUCAUCAUCAUCAUCAUCAUCAUCAUCAUCAUCAUCAUCAUCAUCAUCAUCAUCAUCAUCAUCAUCAUCAUCAUCAUCAUCAUCAUCAUCAUCAUCAUCAUCAUCAUCAUCAUCAUCAUCAUCAUCAUCAUCAUCAUCAUCAUUAUCAUCGUUAUCAUCAUCAUGGUUUUUUAUUUCUGAACUUACAAUCUGCCGUUCGAGUUGGCGGGCUUUGA